AUGGUAGAGAUUGCUUAUACCAAUAGUUAUCAAGCAAGCAUCAAAAUGGCACAUUUUGAAGCACUCUAUGGAUGGAAAUAUAGAUUGCCUCUUCAUUGGAAUGAAGUUGGUGAGAGAUUGGCUUUAGUCCCUGAUGUGCUCCAGGAAGCAGAAGCUCAUGUUUUGAAUGCUAUGCCGUUGGAGCUAAGGGAUAACUUGAGCUUUGAAGAGCAACCUAUGAGGAUGUUGGCUCGCGAGCUGAAGAAACUUCAGAAUCGUGAUAUUCUGUAUGUGAAGGUUCUUUGGAGUAACCAUGAUAAACGCGAGGCCACGUGGGAGUUGAAGAGCGCGCUGCAAGAGCGCUAUCCCUAUCUUUUUCAGAUUGAAUCUUGA